UUAUAGUAUAGGUGUUACGAAAUAAAGAGUGCUUGAAAAUGAAGAAAACCUGAGGUAUAUCUAUCUGUCAUUUACAUCUGCUUUCUUUAAUUAUUAUGCUGCUUUCUGUUGCUAUAACGUAUAUCCUGUGGCUCAUUGCCCUCUGUCAGUGCUGUCAACACAUAAUCUGAAUCUGACUCUGUUUAUGGCCUCUGUCUAACAGCUGAGGUACAUUACACUCUCUGCAACAGCCAAUCCUGAGAUGUGACAACCCAGUAAAUGAGUAAUAGUGUUUGACCAGCUGUGGAGACAGGGAAGGCUGAGGAGAGACGUCCAGGUUGAGGUGGGAUAUAGUGCACUGGUCUCUCCAGAUGCUCAGGUGGAGGUUGUAGCUGGAAACUUUAUUUUUUUUGUCACUUUCUUCACUAAAAGCACCACAUCAGCUGCUGACAGAUAGACAAACAGAUUGGUUGGCAGAGCUGAGGCCAGCAGCUGGUCUGUCUGACAGCAGAGACAGAAAGAGAGCUGAGAGAAGAGGGAUUUCAUCUUCAUUUUCAACUCCAGCCAUGUUGAAGCUGCGCUUUCUGAGAGUGAAGAAUGCCCUGGUGCGAGAGUUCAUGGCUGAGUUCUUGGGAACUUUUGUCUUGCUGCUCUUUGGCUGUGCUGCUGCAGCGCAGGUGAAAACCAGCAGAGACACUAAAGGCCAGUUUCUGUCAGUCAACAUGGCCUUCUCUGUGGGUGUGAUGUGCGCCAUGUACCUCACCAAAGGCAUCACAGGUGCCCAUCUGAACCCAGCGGUGACUCUGAGUUUCUGUGUGUUGGGGCGGGUGCCCUGGGGAAGGCUGCUGCCCUAUUGCCUCGCCCAGGUGGUGGGAGCAUAUGUGGCAUCAGGGCUUGUCUAUCUGGUCUACUAUGAUGCUAUAAUGGACUUUAGUGGAGGAGAGUUGACUGUUUACGGCCCAAAUGAAACAGCCUCAAUAUUUGCCACAUAUCCUUCAGAGUACAUAACUUUGUGCAGAAGUUUCCUUGACCAGGUAGUGGGCACUGGCAUGCUGAUGUUGUGCAUCCUGGGUUUGGAAGAAGGGAGGAAUACCCCCGCUACCCCAGGGCUGAUCCCUCCCAUAGUGGCAGGGGUUGUCCUGGGGAUCUCCAUGUCAAUGUCAGCUAACUGUGGUGCUGCAAUAAAUCCUGCUCGGGACCUGGGGCCACGUCUUUUUACACUGACUGCAGGCUGGGGCCCUGAGGUCUUCACGUGUUACAACUACUGGUUCUGGGUACCCCUGGUGGCCCCACCUAUCGGAGGCGUUUUAGGUAGUUUAAUGUAUUUGAUCUUCAUUGAGUGCCAACUGCCUGAAAAUCCUCCAAGGAACCAGUCCACUAUCACCACCAUCAGUGAAAACAUCAAGCUCGAGUGUCGGUGACAAUCAAGUUAAAGGCUGCACAAGUGUUACUGAAAUCAUCGUAAAUUAUGUUUGUGAAAGCAGAGGCAAAUGUUAAGACAAAUGCACACACAUCUUGUGAUCUUGUGUUGAAUAACAGGAUAUGCUUUUUAUAUAUAAUUUAUGUAGUGAGCUUCUUAAACAGUAAAGUUGGAGGCAGCUGAAAAAGAUAUCAAUUGUCUGAUAAGGCUCUUUGGAAUUGUUUUAAAUAUUGAUUUAUUCUUAGUAAAUUAUAUCACUAUGUUGUAUUCACGUUUUAUGAAAUGCUAAAAUGAAUAUUGAACAUGUGUUGAGCUGAUAAAGCUUUACUCUAAGAAAAGAAAAUACCUCAGUCUCACUCUUAAAUAUAAUUCUAUUCAACUUUGAA